GUGGAGAGAAACAAAUGGCAAGGCCAAGAAUUCGUCUUCGAAUUCCAAGUCCCUUGAUUCAUCGGAAGCUAUGGAGAUUUCUGGGUUUGUUUUCAAGCCUUGUUGGUCUUAUCUGUUACGCUUUGAGUUCCUCUUUCCGCCAACUAUUUGGUGAAUGGAACUCUUUCAAGCUCAUAAUCUACUGCGUGGUAAGUUUAUGCAUAACGAGCUUAUUCUUAUUUUCUCAGAAACUGAGACUCUCAAGGAGUUUCUUGCUCAAAGUUCAUUUGGGUUUCUUGGUUCUGAUGAUCACAACAUUUUACUCAUUCUUCUCCGAUAAAUCAGUCAGGGGAAAACCGGACAUAUUCAGCUUGAUCUCUUGUGCUUCCUUUUCUUUAAUGUCCUUAAGCUUAUCAAAGCACACCAACCUCGGAUUCGAAGGUGAUCUUCUCACUUUCUUCCUAGGUUGUCUCACCGUUCAACUCAUGAAAGUUCACUUGAUGCUUGGCUUCCUAGCUGCCAUUUUCUGCUAUUUCAUCAUUGUUCUUCGUUCUCGUCCUUGUCCUAAUCAGUCACAAAUAGAAGCCACUCAAGCUCAAGAUCACCAAUCUGUGUCACAAAUAGAAAUGGAAAUUGAUUCUGUGAGAGAAAUUGAUGAUACUGGCAAUGGUCCUCAAUCACAGAUAUUACAAACAAUGUCUGGUGAUGAGUACAAUUGGAAGAAAUAUGAAGUAAAACAAGUGAAAGGAAGUGAAAAGCAAAUGAGUUUCUACAAAUGCUCAAUUCCAAAGUGCCCAGUAAAGAAGAGAGUGGAGAGUUAUGUAAAUGGACAGAUCUGUGAUGUGGUUUAUAAGGGUACUCAUAACCAUGGUAAGCCUAUUACAAAGGAGAGAAACUCAUCUUUUGAAACUCUUUAUGCAACUAAUGCAAGUAACCAACCUUUCAAAGCUUUUUUCUUUGAUAGAACCCCUUAUCAACCAUUGCAGAAUCAUGAGAACGAACAACUCGACCCGACCGACUCAUCCGAGAGUUCAUCAGUAUCAGUGUGAGAUGCUGAAAUGUGGGAUUUGAGGAUACUGGUACAAGUCACCAGAGUCAGGGGGG